AUCAUUCCAUUCCACCAUAAUUUUGUUAACGCCAAGUAUUUCAUUUUAAAUUCUAUAAUUACGAACAAAAAUGCCGAAGAAAUUCGCGGGUGAGAAUAGCAAGGCAGUGGCGGCGCGGCAGCGGAAGGAAGAUGCCAAGACUGAGAAGGACGCCAAACUCAAAAAGACGAUCGAAGACUCUGCGUGGGAGGACAAUGAUGAUAAACUGAAAAAGAAACAACAAAAGAAGGAAGAUCAAGAAAAGAAACGCCAAGAGCAGCUCCAGAAGAAGGCAGAGGCCAAAAAACUUUUAGAACAAGAGAUGGAAUCAUUAAAGGGCAAAGUCAAGGAGGCUCCAGCUCCCAAGAUCACAAGAGCACAGAUCAAUCAGAUGAAGGAGAAAAGUGUUAAAGCUGAGCCUGUCAAGCCUGUGCCAUCUAAAGUGGUGGUGGAGGAGGCGCCACUCGUCGAGAAUCUCAACAGAAUACAGCUGGAAGGAGAAGUCGCCCAAUCAGUUGAUGAAGCCAUCUUUGUACUUAGCGACAGCAAAAGCGAUUUGGACCGGCAUCCUGAAAAACGGCAGAAAGCUGCAUAUAACGCUUUCGAGGCCGUCGCUCUUGCACGACUUAAGGCCGAAAAUCCUACUCUAAGGCUUUCUCAACUCAAGCAGCUUGUAUGGAAAGAAUGGCUCAAGUCCCCUCAAAACCCCCUCAACCAAGUUAAAGAGUAAAUAAUAAAAUUAACAAGACUUUUUAAAAUAUGUGUUCCUUUUACCAUGAUGUGCAAGUGUAGCUGUUGUUGUUUUUUUGUUCUGUAUGCAUUAAUAGGAACCAGUUAAUCAAUGUUAUGUGGCUAGAUAUAUUUAUUAAGUAUUUAUGCUUUUAAUAUUGUUUUCUUAUGAUACAGGCCUGUAUUAGUAUAUCCAUUUGAAGUGCAGGUUCGAUGAUAAGAUCUUAAUUUAGUAACCAUGUUUAUUAGUGAGUUGGUAGCAAAAUUAAAUAAUUUCUUGUCUCAUUAAUAAUGUCACUCACAAGUGCAAGUAACAGCUCAGUCCUAAUUAUUUAUUAAUAUGAAACAAGUUUAGAAAAUAAUACACACAUUUAUCAUACAAGGUGCCAAGUCGCUACAGGUGUAAAUAUCACUAAAAAUUUAAGAGUUAAAUAAUGAAAUACAAAAAAAAACUUAUUUAAUUUGUAAGGUCUUAUCGGGUCCACUUGCACUUAAAUACGUAUUAAACCAAUGCUUAAAUUAAUAAGACACUCCUAACACAAUGUAUCAAGGGCGUCUUUUGCAUUGCAAGCAUUGGUUUAGGAUGUCCGUUUAGUGCAAGUGAA